AUGCUGUCUCGCAUGUCUAUGCGCCUCGCCCGCCCGGCCCAGGCCGGGUUCGCGGCUGCGAAGCCCCGCGCUGCCUUUGGCAUGGCCGUCCGCUGGAACAGUACGGCGGCACCCGUUGACGGCAGCAAGGGCCGCAAGAUGCCCGCCAUGCCCAAGCGGUCGUUCGCGCCGGCUAACAAGGUGGACGCCACUCUCACCAUUCGUGACGGCCCCAUCUUCCACGGCACUGCCUUUGGCGCCAACAACAACAUCUCUGGUGAGGCCGUUUUCACCACCUCGCUCGUCGGCUACCCCGAGUCCAUGACCGACCCGUCGUACCGCGGCCAGAUCCUCGUCUUCACCCAGCCGCUCAUUGGCAACUACGGCGUGCCGUCCAACGAGCGUGACGAGUACAACCUGCUCAAGUACUUUGAGUCCCCCCACAUCCAGUGCGCUGGUGUCGUCGUUGCGGACGUUGCCGAGCAGUACAGCCACUGGACCGCCGUCGAGAGUCUCGGCGAGUGGUGCGCCCGCGAGGGCAUCCCCGCCAUCUCUGGCGUCGAUACCCGCGCCAUUGUCACCUACCUCCGUGAGCAGGGCUCGUCUCUGGCCCGCAUCUCUGUCGGUGACGAGUACGAUGCGGACGAGGACGAGAGCUUCGUCGACCCUGGCCAGGUGAACCUCGUGAAGCGCGUCAGCACCAAGGCUCCGUUCGUUGUCGAGUCCCCCAACGCCGAGUUCCAUGUCGCCCUGAUCGACUGCGGCGUCAAGGAGAACAUUCUGCGCAGCCUGGUCAGCCGCGGCGCCGCCGUCACCGUGUUCCCCUACAACUACCCGAUCCACAAGGUCGCCGAGCACUUUGACGGCGUCUUCAUCUCCAAUGGCCCCGGUGACCCGACGCACUGCCAGGAGACCAUCUACAACCUGCGCCGCCUCAUGAACGAGUCGCCCAUCCCCAUCAUGGGCAUCUGCAUGGGUCACCAGCUGCUGGCUCUGGCCGCCGGCGCCCGCACCAUCAAGCUCAAGUACGGCAACCGCGCGCACAACAUCCCCUCGCUCGACCUGACGACGGGCCUCUGCCACAUCACUUCGCAGAACCACGGCUACGCCGUCGACGCCGAGACGAUGCCGAGCGAGUUCAAGGAGUACUUUGUCAACCUCAACGAUGGCAGCAACGAGGGCAUGAUCCACAAGACCCGCCCCAUCUUCUCGCUGCAGUUCCACCCGGAGGCCAAGGGCGGGCCCAUGGACAGCGCCUUCCUGUUCGACCGCUACCUCGAGAACGUCAAGAUGUACAAGGAGGGCGCCCAGGUCUACAAGGACAACCGUCCGUCGCAGCUGCUGCUCGACAUCCUGAACCGCGAGCGUGUCGGUGUUGAGCCGACCCCGCUGGUGCAGGCCGUGCAGAACUAA